UAACACAUAAAUAGAAUAAAAUUAAAAAACAUUAAGAAACACAUAGAAUUAUUUAUAUGAAAAUGCAUUAGAGUUUAUUUUUUUUGGACAGACCUACGGUCACACUAAAGUCGCAAACAACAAUAACAAUGGACCGGCGAGAGGAUGCUCUGCUGCAGGCCCUCCAAACGAACGCCAGCGAGACAGAGCGCUGGGAAGCCUUCAAGCGCGAUUAUGAGAGCACCGUCCGGAACUUGGACAAGUUCGCCCAGAAUCUCAGCGUGGAGGUUAUGGUGCCCAUUGGACGAAAGGCGCUGAUGCCCGGCGAGCUGAUCCACACCAACGAGCUUCUGGUGGGUCACUACGAGGGCUACUUCUCCGCCUGCUCCGCCCACAAGGCCAAGGAGAUCUGCCAGUACCGCCUGAAGCUGGCCGAAGAGCAGCUGAAGAAGCUGGCCGUGGAGAACGAUCUUUGGCAGAAAAAACUCUACACUCCAUUUGCGGAGGGGGCGGUUCCCAGUGGCGACCAAGUAGAAAUUGUGGAGGAUUUUAACGAGGAGUCUCACAACAAGUGGUUGGCGGAGCACAGAAAGCGAAUGCGUCAGCAAAAGCAGAAGGAGCGGCUCGAACGGGAGGUGGAACCUGCGGAGAAAGAUAAUGAAGUGCUGCGGAAGCUAGAAGAGCGAGAAAUGAUGGAGGAACUGGGUCUAGAUCCAGAUAAUAUCGACGAGGGUCAGUUGCACGAUAUGCUGAGUCAAGAACCUCAGAAAUCCAACAACGAAAGUAGUCCUAAAUCCUUAACCCAGGAAGAGGAGGAUGAGCUGUGGAAGAAGCUGGAAGCCGAGGAGCAGAACGAAGCCGCGGAGCUCAGCUCAGAAGCAGAAGAAAGCCUUAAAACAACGGAUAAACUAGUGCGCCAGCUCAUGUCCGGAGAAACAGAAACUCCAUCUUCCAAAAAACGCACUGCAGGCACCAAAAGAAACGUGGAAAUACAGGAAGCCAUAGCAGAAGAUGACGAUGAUGAUGAUGACGGUGACCAGGAGGAAGAGGUGCGAACCAUACGGGAGCAGAUGGCGCUGCUGCCCAACGAAGAUCGUGAGCCGUUCCUCAGAGCUCAACUGCAUGUACUCAAAGCAAAAAUGAGGAAGAUACAAAAAGUCAACUUUAUAAGCGACGAGCUGAUUCACUUGAUGAAUGUGGUGGUCAUGCUAGAGGACGACCUACAGGAUUUGAUAUUUGAGCAGGAGCUGGAGGCCAGCGAGGAAGAGGAGGAAGUAGUCAAAAACAGUCAUCUUCCAGAGGAGCCAAGCGAAGAGCUUUUGACUGCACCUGAAGCCAGCACAAAUAAACGUCGCAUUUCGUUUGCCCUCGACGACGAAAAACUUGAAUUCAGAAGGGAGGAGACCGUUGCCGAAAUGUUGCCCAAUGCGAAAAAGAACUCGAGGGAUAUCAUUAAGUUAGAUGCCCCUGUUAAACCGGCAGGAGAUCCACAACCCGUAUCCAUUAAAACAAAACGUCAAUCAAACCAGGAUAUCUUGCAAAAAGUGGAAAGGAACAUUGAGUUUGUCAAGGAAAACCAGAGUGUCCAGGACUUCGAUUUGCUCAAUCGAAUUAUGGAAGAGUCUACGGGACUUAUCAACACCUUACACAUAAGUUUCACACAUUCCGGUGCCAUACCUUCGCCCAGUAGUGAUCAAAGCGAUGGCAUACCAGGAAAACCCUCUGAUUUCUAUGAGAAGUAUGAGAAGGACCGAGCGCGGCUGAAUGAUUCGUUUCCUAUCUAUGUGAACGGUUUUGAAGGCGAGGAGCAAGUUAAAGUUCCCAUAAUGAGCGAAGCUGCUCGUGGAUCAGCCUAUGAAGAUCCCAGAAGUCAGUUCUCCAAGCCCAAUUCUUCAGACAUAAGUUGCACACAUUCCGGUGCCAUACCUUCGCCCAGUAAUGAUCAAAGCGAUUACAUACCUGGAAACCCCUCUGAUUGCUAUGAGAAGGACCGAGCGCAGUUCUCCGAGCCCAAUUCCUCUACUGACCCUGAAUCAGCGGUAAAGUCGAUCCUACGAAACAAAUCUGCUGUGGACCUGGAGCCGCAUAAUGUCAACCAGCAGCCCAAGAAGGGAAAGAAGGGCCGGAAGCAAAAGAAGAAGGAGCGCACCUUGGACGACGACCUGCGCGACAUGAGCGCCUACCAAAAGGUCAUGCAUGAUCUCGUGGAGAAGGAGCCGACUGCGCCGGAGCCUCUGCCCCCGGGCAAGUUCAUAGACUCGCAUGCGCCCAAGAAGCGGGUUAGCCGCUUCAAGGAGCAGCGAGCCCUUAACAAAACGUAGCGAAGAGUAAAACUUCAGCUGGAUAUUACUAGUAUAUUUGUUCAAGUUUAAUGUGGAUUUGUAUUACAAACACAACGCAAACAAUAAACAACUACUGGUGUGGUGUACAUUCGUUUUAAAAUUAAA